UAGUCGAUUUUGUUGUUGUUUUGAUGCAUAUACAUACACAUACAUAAUUACAUAAAUUGUAUAGAUUUAUGUGGAAGUUUGUGUGUGUGUGUGUGUGUAUAUAUGUAUAUGUAUAUGUGAUUGUUGAUUUUGGUGGUGUUUUGAUUUACAGGUGAAGCAACAGAAGAAGAGCAGCAACAAGUGGGUUUGUGUGGUGUGCAACGAGAAGCAAUCGGUACGGAAGGUUUAUGCUCAAGGAUUCAUGGCCAGGGAUGUUCGCAAAUUCGUUCAGAGCUUCAACAUGUCCCGCCAAUUUGCCCAAGAACAAUGUACAGAACAAACCCUAGAUCCGCUCCUUGAACAGAUCGACCACCACUUUGAUUCGAGCAAUGACAAGAAAAGAAGAACCGAUUGGAGCGAGUACAUUGAUCCUGAGGAUGAUCACGAUAACCAAAUUGAAGAAGAACAAGGGGAGGUGUUCGAACAAAAGUUUGUGACAGAGUUGCCUAAAGCAUUGUUCAAAAGACCAAAACUGAAUAAAUAUUCGACCGGUAUAGAUGCCAAAGAUGGUGAAGAACUUUUCAAACCUGUGUUCUCAAAGAGAAGUUCGAACAAGCAUAUCAGCUCUCGAGAGUCGUCGAGAAAUUGCCAGCCUCACACUAUCAAAGGAGCUUCCAAAUGGAGUGAUUAUAAGAUGCCAGAUGAGGAAGGCGUCUCUGUAGAUGCGGGUCCAAGGAGAUGUAAACCAAUGACGAGCAAAGGGGCUUUUAAAUGGAGUGCUUACACAACACAAGAUAACGAUGGUGAUUGUGCAGACAAGGAGCCGAGGAUAUGUCAACCAACGAUGACCAAAGGGGCUUCUAAAUGGAGUGAUCGCAUGACCCAAGACAAUAACGGUGACCUUGCAGGUAAGGUGCCAUGGACAUCUCGGCCAACAAUGGUCAAAGGGGCUUCAAAAUGGAACGACUACAUUGCAGAUGACGAUGAUGACUUGCAAUUCAAAAAUAAGAGAGACGUUGCAGGGGAUGUGGGCGAAUGGGACCAUGGUGUGUUGGAGACAGCAUUGAAUGAUCAAAUGGUGGAAGAAGACAUCCACCCUGAUUUCCGGUGAUCUCAGCAAUGUUCCGGCAUUCUGCAUUUGAUUUUCUGGCUAUCCUGAACCAGAAUAGGCUGCAACUGAUAAAUGCUCAUUACAUUUUUUGUCUAAAGACUCGAAUGCGAGCUGAGUGAUGUUCUAAUGAUCAUAGACAUUGCAGACACACUUUUGUAGGCUCAAGCAUAUGAAUUAGUUUUAUAUGACUGAGUUCUAGGCAAGAAAAACUUGGAUGAGUUCAACACAUUUAUAUCACGGGUUUUAAGCAAGAAAAACUUGGGUGAGCCCGGUGCACCAUGCAUCGUGACUCAAAAAAAUUGAACUUUGAGUGCGGUGCGUGGUGCACUGGGCUCACCCAAGUUUUUCUCGUUUUAGGCAUGUUAUGUGACGGGAUUAUUGGUAUGGGAUAUUACUAGUGGUUGUUGGAUUACGAACACUAUUGUAAAAUCAUUUCAAAUAUUGAAGGACGAUCUUCUCAAGUCUUAAUACACGGUAUUGUACCUAUUUCUGGAUAUCCUGGGAUUAUUGGUAUGGGAUAUUACUAGUGGUUGUUGGAUUGGGCGGGAAAAACUUGAAUGAGAUCAACAGAUUUAUAUCACGGGUUUUAAGCAAGAAGAACUUGGGUGAGCCCGGUGCACCAUGCAAUGUGACUCAAAAAAAAAAGUGAACUGUAAGUGUGGUGCACUAGGCGCACGGAGGUUUUCUAGUUUUAGGCAUCUUAUAUGAUUGGAUUACUGUUACGU